AUUGACAAAAAUACAGGUAUAGGUUAUGUUGGUUUUGGUUUAUACAUUAAUAUGGUUUUUGUUUAAAUAACAUUUGUAAUUAAACUUAGGUGUUAAGAUUCGGAAUUCAGACCUUGUCCUGGUUAGAGCGUUGUAAUUUGUAUUACAUUUUUCAGAGAUUAGUUAUUUUACUGAUAGUUUGUGGUUAUAAGUAAAGUUUUGUUCACUGUUAUAGCAAUUUUGUUUUAUAACUUAAGGGUGUUUUGUUCAUGUUUUUGUCACUAGGCUAGUAAAUAUAGCCCCAUUAUUUGAACAUAUUUUUAAGUGGACUGAUAAAAAUGUUAGAGACUAAGAACUCCGAAAUAAUUGAAAAACUAUUGAUUAAUAGCGCCAACUCAGACUCAUUGAAAAAUAUAUCUACACAACUAGCAGAAGAUGUAAUAAACAAGGCAUCAACACUUGUAGAGAUUGUAGAGGUUUUGAAAGUAUUGUUGACCAGUACUGAUCUCGAGAAGCAUAAUGUAGGGCUGGACGUGUUGGGAUCAGUCGUGGGAUUCCUCCCAAAACAAUUUUUGUCAACAACCGAACUGGAGUUCAUCACAGAAUUCUUCUGUGGUCAGUUGAAACAGCACCACUCCUUUAUAACAGCUGUCCUGAAGGGCAUAACAUCACUGGUUCAGUGUCCUGACCUGUCUAAGGAGUGUCUACAUGAAAUCACUUCUACCUUGUUUACCAAUGUAGUUUGGCAGACUCAGGUUAUUCAUGAUCGACAGGUAUUCUACAACAUACUGCAGUAUAUCAUUUUCAACCGCCUUGAAGAUUAUAGAAGCACGAGCUCUGAGUUUCUGUUUAAUGUAAUCUCAUCGAUCGAUGGAGAACGAGACCCAAGGAAUCUUCUGAUCUUGUUUUCAUUUUUACCCAAACUCUACUCUUCCAUUCCUCUUGGACCAUUGACUGAAGAUGCUUUUGAAGUUGUCUCAUGUUACUUCCCCAUCGAUUUCCAUUCCUCAGGGGCUGAGCCUGGUGCAGUUACGAGAGAAGACCUGGUUCAAGCCAUCACCCCAUGUCUGUUGGCUGUCCCAGACUUUGCCAUUUUCUGCAUUCCUCUUAUUCAAGAGAAACUUGACUCUACACUGAAGUCCGCUAAAAUUGACUCCUACAAUCUUCUUAUGGAGGGGUGCAGAGUGUGGCCUGCAGAGACGAUAGCAGAGUACACUGAACAGCUGUGGUUGGCCGUGAAACAGGAUACACUGCCACCUCGAGACACUCAGAUAGCAGACUGUGCUGCACAAGCUCUAGAGGCCCUGGUUUGUGCAACACCAGCAGAUAACCUGACACCCCUCCUCACCUCUCUCAUCCGCAGCUGUGAAGGGUUCCUGUCUGAUGUACAACUGAGUCUGUUUGAGCCGUCCUCUCGUCUCCUGUUGGUUGCAAUGCAGGCUUCUCUUGCUGCAUGUACCUUUAUUUCUAACAGGUUUCUGCCUGGAUUUGUGUCUCUGCUCCAAGUAACUCCAGAGUCUUCGAAGGUUUUGGUGUUAAAUAAACUGACAUCCUUCAUACAAGUUUGUCUGGACAUUGGUCUGGAUUUUGAUUCAGGAGGAGAGGUGUGGAGUAGCUUGUAUACCGAGCUAGGACAGUGUGCAAGUCAGGGCUCGGGAGAGACUCAGCAAGCUGCGUAUGCUGCGCUAGCUCUGGUGGCUGGACACCUGGAUGGCAGCUGUCGCACCAAACUGUACCCGGCAAUACUGGCUGUCAUCACUAAACACCAGGCAGGGGUUCUCAGAACUGCAUGUUCCAAGUUCCUACAGGCUCUAGCUCUUGUUUAUGCAGAUGAAGUCUUCAUACAUGUAGUCAACUAUUUAACAGUAGAAGGCAGUGAAGAAGACUUGAAGGUAACAGAGAACAAGUUUGAGGCAGUCUGUCAGUUGACAGUUGCUGAAAGAUUCCAUCUAGUUUUGGAACAACAGUUUACAACGUUGGUGUCAAAUGGGGCUACCUACGCUUCAGUGGCUAUCUCGUGUUUGAGGAAUCUGCUUGAAAAAGAGGAAGUUCAAAGCAACAAAAGCAUAAUCCAGUUUCUGUUCUCUCAGUCAUCAGUGUUACCCUUGUUGAUAAAACUGGAUAGUGGAGACAAUGACCUUUUAAACUCAGCAAAGAUUAUAAAAAUAUUAGUUCGCCUACAGAAUUCCAGGGAACAGACUAGAGUGGUUGAACCAUUCGUAAAUGAUUUACUGGAAAAGGAAAACAAAACUCAGCAAUUGGUAUUGCUGGAGGCUGUUGCUGGCGGUUUGUGGCCAGAUGUGGCUUUGUUAACACUGGAUGAUAUCACUCGGGUUGUUACACCUGCAGCUCUCCAUACUGCACCCUCUAUGGCACACACUGCCGCCCUCCAGCUGUUAUCUUGUCUCAUCAACAAAUCUGCAGAUGACAGGCUACUGGAGCUAGUCUCACAACAGUUGCAGCUAUACAGUGCCAGUGUUGCAGCAAUCACUCACUCAUAUAUCACCAAAGCUCUGGUGGUCCGUGGUCACCCACACAUGAACCAGUGGCUUUACCAGUUAGUUGAAUUGCUGGAUAGUGAAGAGGUUGGCUCAGCUGCUGCUGAAGGUAUCCGUUUGAUAGUGUCAGACUCAGAGUGGUUGGAUGAACGGAACCACUGUGAAGUGAGGCUGCUAUAUCGACAACGUGUGUUUCAUCUUGUCAUACCGUGUCUGGUUCGCAGUAAACACAGACUGCCACACCUCUCAGCCUUGGCCUACCUGUUGCAAGCUGUGCCACACUCUGUGUAUGUCCAUCACAUUAAACAGGUGAUGCCAUUAUUGGUUAAGAGUCUGGAUACAGAAGGGGAGGAGCUGCUGAGGACAGUCCUGCAGACUCUAGUCAGCCUGCUAGCCACAAGCAACGCUCUACUGCAGGACCAUGUGGACACUCUCAUCCCACGGUUCCUGCACCUUGCCAGGCAUUCUGCCUUCAUGCAAGUAAGAAUUGUGGCCUUACAGGGUCUAUGCAAUUGUCUCAAGUAUUCUCCUAUCGCACUGCUACCUCAUAAACAACAGGUUGUGUUAGAGCUGGCUCAUUGCCUAGAUGAUAAGAAGCGAUUGGUCAGGAAGGAAGCUGCACGCACAAGAUCCAAGUGGUAUCUCCUUGGAGCACCAACAGAAGAGUCGUAACAGUUGCAGAUUCUGUUUUUGUGUUAACCAUUAUUAUAUAAUGUUAUAAUAAAAAUAUUUUUGAACCAAA